AUGGAUCGCAGUGGAAUGAUUCGAUUCAGCGCAAUCUUCAUUGUACUUGGACUACUGAUGUUUUCAUAUCAUUUUCUGGAAAUAUCAAUAAGACCCUUCAGUGUACACACUAAGGUCAAUAUUUUUAACAGGAAAAAGUCAAAACUGGAUUGUCAGACCUACGUAGUGGAUAGCGGUCACAUAGAAUCAAAACGUCAAAAACUUCCCAACCUGGACAAUAUCGGUUGGCUGCAGAGGGAAUUUCUACCUCUUCCACUGGGUGCGCCAAAUAUUAGCCAAUUGCCUCUGGAACCCCAAUUCAGCCGGAAUCAGAUGCGCACUAUGUGGAAACUCUUCAGUACUUUCGUUACUGCUAUGGAGGAGCUCGGUCUCAGUGACAGGUGGAUGCUCUACAGUGGCACCCUGCUCGGCGCAUUUCGACAUCACGACAUUAUCCCCUGGGAUGAUGACAUUGAUGUUCUCGUGGACGUGGAGGUUAGACCAGCGCUAAGGGAAAAGAUGCACACACUGAAACCCGAAAUCCUGUUUUAUGAAGGUUCAACAAGGGAUAAGGUUUUCGCACCUUUAAUUGAACCGAAAAAUUCAUCGAAGGAUGAGGAGGGUAGUCGUAAACUGAGUCGGUUACCCUGGCCCUGGCCCUUCCUGGACGUCAGUUAUUACGCUUCAAACGUGACGCACAUUCGCGAACUUCAUGGUGCCGGUUAUGUGUAUGACAUUUAUGCAAAAUCUGAUGUGUUUCCGCUGCUGCUCAGACCACUUAACAAGUUCUGGGUUCCGACGCCAAGAAACACAUUUGCUAUUCUGCUGCAAACGUUCCCCCAAGAUGGCAACUGCUCCUCCUUGACCUAUACUCAUGUCUAUGAGUACAAAAUGAGGAGUCGUACCGUGCCGUGCAAAGAACUGGCGGACAGGUAUGCAUUCGUUGAACAUACCCUCCUCGACGAAAAUGUCCAGAAUAAGAACGGUAGUCAGGAUGAGUUGGAUUGGGUCCGUGAGCGGCUGAUACAAGGUGGCAAGAUAAUACAUGAAAUCCAGUUGGUUGCACCUCGGCGAGAAUGCAAUGUGGAGACUUACAGACUGCAGACAAAGUCUACUGCAUAA